UCCAUGGCGACGCGGCCGCAGAGCAGUGGAAGAUGGCCGUCGCGCCGGGCGGUGGGCGCCUCUGGCCUCGCCGGCCCCACCGGCCGCUGCUCGCCGCCCUGACCGCCGCGCUGCUGCUGGGCUGCGGUCGCACCGCCGCGUCUCUCUCCUCUUCCUCGCCCUGUCGCCACCGUGUGCCCAGCGGCGAGGAGGUUGUCUACCAGGUUCCUCUGAAGGAAAAUCACGUCCUGAAACGAAACGUGGAUCAGCAGCUAAGGAUUAAGAUUAUAUACGAUAGAAGUGUGGAGGAUUUGCCACCUGAGAAAAGACACCUCAUAAAGAGCAAACUUUUUCCCCAAGCUGUAUCUUAUUUGGAGAAGACAUUCCAAGUGCGCAAAUCCACGGGUACUAUAUUGCUAAGCAGGCAGUGUGCAACAAACCAGUAUUUAAGGAGGAAGGCUGACCCUCACAGAUACUGCCGAGGAGCCUGCGCAAGCCAUACGAGGUGUGGGCCAGUUAUAGUUCCCGAGAAACACCUCCAGCAAUGCAGGGUGCACAAUGAAAGUGAAUGGCACCAUGGACCCACUGGCUUACCGGAUCAAGAAGGUGUUCGAGAUGCUGACUUUGUACUUUAUGUUAGUGCUCUCACUACUGAAAGGUGUGGCCAUGAAAACAUCAUUGCAUAUGCAGCCUAUUGCCAGCUGGAAGCUGAACUGGACAGGCCAGUAGCAGGAUAUGCUAACUUGUGUCCAAAUAUGAUUUCAACGCAAGCUCAGGAAUUUGUUGGCAUGCUGUCUACAGUGAAACAUGAGAUCAUCCAUGCACUGGGUUUCUCUGCUGGACUGUUUGCAUUUUAUCGUGAUGAUGAUGGAAAACCUUUGACAGCAAGAUAUGCAGAUGGACUCCCUCCUUUUAAUGAAAGUCUAGGUUUGUAUCAGUGGAGCAAUAAAGUCGUUCAUAAAGCAGUGAGGUUGUGGGAUGUACGUGGUGGCAAAAUGCUGCGCCAUACUGUUUAUCUUCUGGUAACUCCUCGUGUAGUUGAAGAAGCGCGAAAACAUUUUAAUUGUCCAAUUCUAGAGGGAAUGGAGCUUGAAAAUCAAGGUGGCAUGGGUACUGAGCUCAAUCACUGGGAGAAGAGAUUGUUAGAGAAUGAAGCAAUGACUGGAUCCCAUACACAGAAUCGAGUCUUUUCCAGGAUCACUUUAGCAUUAAUGGAGGACACUGGCUGGUACAAAGCAAAUUACAGCAUGGCAGAGAAAUUAGACUGGGGACGCAAUAAAGGCUGUGACUUUGUAAUGAAGAGCUGUAAAUUCUGGAUCGACCAAAAGAAACAAAAGAGGCAAUUAAUCAGUCCAUACUGCGACACUUUGAGGAGCAAUCCUUUGCAGUUAACCUGCAGACAGGACCAAAGAGCAGUAGCAGUGUGCAACUUGCAGAAGUUUCCAAAGCAGUUACCUCAGGAAUAUCAGUAUUUUGACAAUCUUAACGGAGUACCAGCAGAAGAAUUGCCUUAUUAUGGUGGCUCAGUAGAAAUUGCUGACUAUUGUCCCUUUAGUCAAGAAUUUAGUUGGCAUUUAAGUGGUGAAUUUCAGCGCAGCUCGGACUGUAGAAUAAUUGAGAACCAACCAGAUCCUACCAAAAACUAUGGUGCAGAGAAAUACGGACCAAACUCUGUAUGUCUUAUUCAGAAAUCUGCUUUUGUCAUGGAGCAGUGCAGGAGAAAACUCAGUUACCCUGACUGGGGUAGUGGAUGUUAUCAAGUUUCUUGUUCUCCACAAGGGCUGCAUGUUUGGGUAAAGGACACCAUGUACCUAUGCAGCCGCUCAGGUCAGGUGUUAAUGGUGAGCAUUCAGAUGAAUGGCUGGAUACAUGUUGGGAAUCUGAUCUGCCCAGCCUGUUUGGACUUCUGUGACUCCUGUCCCCCAGAGCGGGAUCCUCCACCUUCUAACUUCACAAAACCUGCACCCAUCGACUUAUGCUCCUGCUCGUCUAGCCUGGUCGUAACCCUUUGGCUGUUGAUGGCUAACUUGAUUCCCCUGCUAACAGGAUUAUUUCUCUGCGCAUAGAGUUAAACACGGGGCAAGAUGAUAUUCAGAGAUGAUACGCCAUCAUGUUGCACUCCUUACUGUGGAGCAUGGAGGGCUUUUUUGUCUCCACAGACAGCUGUCUUCUGCUGAAUCUCGUCUCUCCUGGCAAGUAUCAGUGCAGACAGCAGUCCAGGAGGUACUGACAAAAGCAGCCAGAGUUUAAGAGGAGGAAAAUUUACUUUGUCAUUUCAAUAAGUGCCAGUAUUUUCCUGAAUUGCAACCUUUGAUAUUAUUUUUUUUUUGUUACAUGGUAGCUAUGCCAACUGUGUUAGACUACCUGGCAACUUGGUCAAGAUUUGAAACAAGAACUAUUCUGUAAUAGAACUGAGGGUUGUUAUUUUAUGUCCUCUGUGUGACUGGUAGCAAGGCAUCCUCAAACUGGAAAUAUACCUCAGUGGUUUAGUCAAAAGCCAUGUAAAAAUCAGUUGUCAUCACUGCUAAUAACCCAGGCCUAAACAGGUGUGGGGAC